GGUGGCUUCCCGCGUGCAACUCAUUCACGGUCGGAUCUCGCCACUCUACGCACGGCAUGAGUGAACUGGCGGCGCUGACCGCUGACAAGCCCGCGGCGUCUCGCUCAACGUACGGGUCGGACGAAGAGACCAGUCGCUCGUUGCAACACAUGCAACCGUGGGAGUUCCCAGGAUGGGGUCAAGUCACCAGUGUGUCCAUCCCUGACAGCAGUUUGGCCGAGAUCAACGCGGCGCUAAAAUCUCGCGAACACCCCAAGCUCGCGGAAUGGCCGGCAACCGCAAUUUGCGGUAACGAUAUCCUCUCUUCUUGUCUGUACGUGUCUGGCCUGGUCGCGGCCAAGGCUGGCAAGUUGGCCCCCGUCUGCCUUGCCCUCGUCGCAGGAAUCUUGUACCUGUACCGCUUCAUCUACGGCGAAGUCGUGAAUGCGAUUCCCAUGAACGGCGGGUCCUACAACGUUUUGCUCAACACGACCUCGAAACGCGUGGCGUCCGUCGCGGCAUCGCUUGCCAUUCUGUCGUACAUUGCAACGGGCGUCGUGUCCGGCACGUCCGCGUGUACCUACCUGGCGUCGACGUUCCCGGGGAUCCCUGUCGUCGGAGCGACCGUCGGGCUUCUCUUCUUCUUUGCCGCGCUCACGUGCUUGGGCAUUUCCGAGAGCGCAGUGGUCGCGCUCGUCAUCUUUGUCGUGCAUACGCUGACGCUCGCCACGCUGUGCGGUCUGUCCGUCUGGUUCAUCGUGCACAACCGCGGCCAGCUCCUAUAUGCCAACUUGUUCGAGACGGCAUAUCCUUCCAUCAAUCUUGCCGGGACAUGGAUCGACGGAGACGUGUUCUCCGCGCUCUUCUUUGGCACGUCGACCGCAAUGCUCGGGAUCUCGGGCUUCGAGUCGUCGUCGCAGUUUGUCCAGGAACAAGCGCCGGGGGUCUUCCCCAAGACUCUCCGGAAUAUGUGGUGGGGCGUCGCCGUAUUCAACCCGCUCCUGUCCUUCCUGUCCCUCGGGGUCAUGCCGCUCUCAACCAUGAACAUGUUCAAAAAUACCGUGCUGUCCAAGAUGGCCCUUGUCGUCGGCGGCCAGACUUUUGAGACCCUCGUCACUCUUGACGCGUUCAUCGUGCUCUCUGGCGCCGUCCUCACAGCCUACGUCGGCAUCAACGGUUUGAUCCGGCGACUCGCCAGCGACCGCGUCGUGCCUCCCUUCCUUCUCCACGAAAACGCAUGGCGCCAUACCAACCAUUGGAUUCUGUGGGGGUACUUUGGCGUCGCCACGUCGCUCGUCCUCGUCCUCCGCGGGGACGUCGAGACGCUUAGCGGCGUGUACACGUACGCGUUCCUGGGGCUCAUGACGCUGUUUGGCACGGGGUGCAUGCUGCUCAAGUACAAGCGGGCGGCGCUCCCUCGCGACGUGAUCGCACCAUGGUCGGCUUGUCUGACAGGCGUGAUGCUGGUCGUCGCCGCGUUCUUUGGCAACCUCAUGGGUGACCCGACUGUGCUCACGUACUUUGCGCUCUACUUUUCGCUCGUCCUUGUCGUUGUGCUCGUGAUGCUCGAGCGACUGUUUCUCCUGCGUUUGGUCAUGUACGCCCUCAAGCGCGUGUGUCCAUCGCGCCAUUCCAAGAACGACGACGGCGCCGGCACCGGCGCGAUGGGCGGCCGCACGAUUGUGAGGGCCAUGCGCGAGAUUGCCAGCACGAAUCCGACCGUGUUCUUUGCCAAGCACGCCGACUUGCCGCUCCUGAAUAAGGCGAUCCUGUACGCCCGCUCGAACGAACAAACGAGCCAUUUGGUUGUGGUGCACGUGUCCGCCGCCAACCGGCCGGCCGUGGACGCCCUCAACGACGACGGCCUCGAGAGCACACUCGAUAUCCAAACGUUUUCUGAAAACGUCGCGCUCCUCGAUCGCAUCUACCCCAAGCUCAAAAUCGACUUUGUCCAUGUUGCGAUAAACUCGGGGUCGUUUGGCCCGGCUGCGAUCGAGUGGGUGUCGACCAAGUAUGGCAUCCCCAAGAACAUGAUGUUCGUCAAACAACCCAGUGCCGCAUUUCCCCACUCGAUCGCGGCCCUCGGUGGCGUCCGCAUCAUCACUGGAUAACAUAUCUCUGAUAAGCGACCCGUUCCUGACUUUUGAUCGGGAGGCAUUC